UUCAGUGAUCAGUCUAAUUGCGAAGUAGACAACAUAAUUUUUAAUUUCUAUCUACGAACUGUAUUACAGAAAAUAUAAAUAACUAACUACUAACAUUAAAGCAGAACUUUUACAGCUUAAAACAGCUUUAGAAAUAACAUUGAUGAUCAAUAUAUUUAAAUAAUGGCUAAAACUAAAGUAACUGGAGCAACGAGUAGGUUGAAACAAGAUUAUUUAAGGUUGAAAAACGAUCCUGUACCAUAUGUGACCGCAGAACCAGUGCCUUCCAACAUACUAGAGUGGCAUUAUGUUGUAAAAGGACCCGAGAAAAGUCCCUACGAAGGAGGAUAUUAUCACGGGAAAAUCAUGUUUCCAAGAGAGUUUCCUUUCAAGCCUCCGUCAAUUUAUAUGAUAACGCCAAAUGGACGAUUUAAAACUAAUACUAAGCUUUGUUUAAGCAUUACAGAUUUUCAUCCAGACACAUGGAAUCCAGCUUGGUCAAUUUCAACAAUUCUGACAGGCCUGCUAAGUUUCAUGUUAGAAAAAACACCAACUCUGGGUUCUAUUGAAACAUCUGAUUACCAGAAACGAUGUUUGGCUGCUGAAUCUUUAGAAAUUAAUCUUAAAAACAAGAUGUUCUGUGAGUUGUUUCCAGAAUAUGUUGGUGAGAUUGAAGAGCUGCUUAAACAACGACAGCAAGCCUUGCUCCAAACAGAAAAUAAUAGCAACAACAGUGAGAGUGAAGUGACAAAUGAACAACAAUCUAAUAUGCACUAUUUAUUAACAAACUUAUUUGUGUUAGUGGGCUUUGUGUUUCUAGCAUUUAUGGUGAAACAUGUUUUGGUAUCUGUUUCAAAUGACUAAGGUGUAAUGAUCUAUUAGUGUAAAUAUUAAUUUAUUAUGUACAGCAUUUGUGCAAUGAGGGUUGGGGUAUGGUAUUUUUCACUUAUAGCAAUGUACCUUAGAAAGUUCAGAAUUUGAGUACUUUAGAUGUUUCUAAUUUGUACAGGUAAAUAUGUAUUAGAUUUAAAUGCACAGUUACCUAGUAAUAUGGUUUAUAAUGAGAAGUACUAAAUCUGCACAGCAAAUUAAUCAAUAAAGAUUUAUAUUGCCUGAUAAUGUAAUAAAUCUGUGAUGUAGACACCACAUUACUUUUAAAAUUGCUCCCAUUGUAAAUAGGUAUAUUUUUUUCAAUCUCACAAAUGUAUGAGUUUUGAAUGAAUUUGAUUUUUUUUGUCAUAACUGGCUGAAAAAUAUAUUUAUUUUAUUUCUACUCUAUGCUGUAUA